UAUUGGAGUACCCAAAAAUACUGGUCAUGCAAUUUGUGGACACAAAUUUUUUGGUAAAUAUUAUACUUAUGCAAAACCUACAGAUAAUUAUAAAAGAGAAGCAUUAGCAAAUAUCCGUAAUAAAAUAAUUACUAUUCUAUCUUCAUCAUCUACUGAAGCAUUUCAAGAUUCGAUUAAAGAUUCUAAUUCUGAAGCUGAUGAUUAUGAAGACUUAAAAUUAAUAUAUCUGAAGAUGAUGAAGAUACAUCUGCACAG